GUAGCAAAGGCCAUGACAAUAGGGACGGUUCUCGUCUCGUCCCUCUUCCUCAGCAUCAAUCUUUUCCUCCGCUUCUGGACCUCCACCUGCCUCUUGUCGUAUUAGAGUCACCGUCAUCUGAAAUGCACCGUUUCAGCCGCUGCCAUCCAUAAAGGAUGUGUUGAAACCUCGGGGCGUAGCAGUGAGACUGCAUCUUUUGCCGUGACACAUCAUUAUCAACGCGAGUGGACAAGUGUCAUACCCCUAAAAGCCCCAGUAGAAGACCAUGUCGGACAAAAGUGACCUAAAAGCAGAGCUGGAGCGCAAGAAGCAGCGCCUCGCCCAGAUCAGGGAGGAGAAAAAGAGAAAAGAAGAGGAGAGGAAGAAGAAAGAGGGAACCAAAAAAGCAGAGAGCCAACAGAAGACGGAGGCGACUUCAGAGGACUCAGACUUGGACCGCAAGCGCCGAGAGACGGAGGCCCUGCUGCAGAGUAUCGGCAUUUCACCCGAGCCUUCUUUAGUGCCAAAUCUUUUAUCCCCGUCGAAAUCAAUGAGCACGCCAAGUGAAACGGAGAGCCAGGAUUCAGCUGAUAGCGGAGCAGCGGGCAGGUACGGCACAAGCUUGUCGGAGGUACAACGCUCAAGGACCUUGCAGUGGGACACAGACCCCUCCGUGUUGCAGCUUGAGUCAGAUUCCGAGCUCGGGCGGAGGAUGCAGAAGCUGGGGGCCUCCAAGAUCACACAAGUUGACUUCCAACCCAAAGAGUUGGUCUUGUACAGCAAGGAGACACAAACGCCGCACACUGCCCAUUUAUCUGAAGUAGAGGAGGAAGAAGAGGAUGAAGAGCUGAUGGAAACGAAGCCAGGGCCUGAGUUAGAGUUGCAGGAUGAAGAUGACAAGGAAAAUAAAGCAGGCUCUUUCCCUGUACUGCGGGAGCUGACGGAGGAGGAGAGGCAGCAAAUACUCCACUCGUCUGAGUUUCAGAAUUUCUUCGACUGCAGCAUCCGGGUGAUGGAGAGAGCCCUGGCGGAAAGCGGCGACAUCUUCUUCGACUAUGGUGGUCGAGCCCUGGAGGAUAAGGAGGGCGACCUGGCUGGAGGUUCCAGUUUGUCCUUCACUCGACUUUUCUAUGACGAUCAUUGGUCAAAGCAUCGCGUUGUCACCUGUCUUGACUGGUCCCCUCAGUAUCCCGAGUUGCUUGUUGCCUCCUACAACAACAACGAAGACGCCCCCCACGAACCAGACGGUGUUGCCCUGGUGUGGAACAUCAAAUUCAAAAAGGCCACGCCGGAAUACAUAUUUCACUGUCAGUCUCCAGUGGUGUCUGUGGGUUUCGCCAAGUUUCACCCCAACCUCGUGGUAGGGGGUACCUACUCGGGGCAGAUUGUCCUGUGGGACAACCGCAGUCACAGACGGACCCCAGUCCAGAGGACUCCCCUGUCGGCUGCUGCACACACUCACCCCGUGUACUGUGUCAACGUGGUCGGCACGCAAAAUGCCAACAACCUGAUCACCGUGUCUACAGACGGAAGGAUGUGCUCUUGGAGUCUGGACAUGCUGUCUCAGCCUCAGGAAAGCAUGGAACUGGUCUACAAUAAAUCCAAACCGGUGGCUGUGACCGGCAUGGCCUUCCCUACAGGAGAUGUGAACAACUAUGUCGUCGGUAGCGAGGAGGGCACGGUGUACACUGCGUCCCGACACGGCAGCAAGGCGGGAAUCUGUGAGAUGUUCGAGGGUCACCAGGGGCCCGUGACAGGGAUCAGCUGUCACAACGCCGUGGGCACUGUGGAUUUUUCCCAUCUUUUCAUCACUUGCUCCUUUGACUGGACAGUCAAACUUUGGAGCACUAAGCAAAACAAGCCUCUGUACUCUUUUGAGGACAACGCCGACUAUGUCUAUGAUGUCAUGUGGUCGCCCGUGCACCCUGCAAUCUUCGCCUCCGUGGAUGGCAUGGGUCGUCUCGACCUGUGGAACCUCAACAACGACACGGAGGUACCAACGGCCAGCGUGACGAUAGAAGGUGCGUCGGCUCUCAACAGAGUGCGCUGGUCAUCCGGAGGGAAGGAAGUGGCUGUGGGUGACUCGGAGGGACGAGUGUGGGUCUACGAUACUGGAGAGCUGUCGGUGGCCCACAGUGACGACUGGACACGCUUCGCCCGUACGCUGAUGGAGAUCCGUGCCAACCAUGAGGACGGCGAGGAGGAAGGACCUAUGGAGCUGGCUUCAUAGAGAGCCACAUCAAACCAAAGCGGAGCCUUGGUGUGCUUAUCUCGGUGUCAACCGUCGCAUGUGCUUCUUCUUAUUCCUGUUUGCGUUGGCUCCCAACCUUCCCGUGCAUUGGACUGCGUUAUGUUUGCUCUUGUAUGUUCCGGUUCUGCUCCCCUGUACAUGCAGGUGGAUCGCGUCGGGUUAUGCGUGGCUAAGAAUUUCUGAAAUGUGGUUCCCAUCUUAGCUUCACGAUGUUGUGUUCUACAAACGCUUUGCACUCGUGUUAAAAAAAAACUCAAGCAAGGGUCUCCAGACUCACUGUUUACAAACGUCAUGUUCACUUCACGUUGGGCUACUUGCAUGCGUAUUCCAGAGACUACGUUUUGUGGGUGUCACAUAUGGGCCUUUUGGCUUGACGUUCGAUCAUGAACUACAAAUGUUUAAUAUACAGCAGUUCAGAACGGUUCUUGCGUUUUGGCUUCCUCAUCGGCUUUUCCAGAAAUGUUGCUCACAAGAAACAUUUGUACACUGAAAACUACUGAAAUAAACGCACAAGUCGGCGUUUCAUGCACAGGAAAACGA